AUGGGCAGAGCCCUUGACAAUGCCAUGCUCAAUGUCGGAAUGAAAGACGUUGCAAAAGAGGGUCUGAAUGAUUUGGGUUUCCGGAUUGAAGAUGUUAUCAGCCAAGAACAUGACGCUGCUCUUGGCAAUGGUGGACUUGGACGCCUGGCAGCUUGUCUGUUGGAUAGUCUUGCAACUUUGAACUACCCUGCGUGGGGCUAUGGGUUACGUUAUCGCUAUGGCAUCUUUAAGCAGGAAAUAGUGAACGGGUACCAGGUCGAGGUCCCUGAUUAUUGGCUUGAUUUUAACCCCUGGGAGUUCCCCCGGCACGAAAUCACAGUCGACAUCCAGUUCUAUGGCCAUGUUUCAAAGACUCAAGAUGGUGAUGGCAGGACCGUUUCUAUCUGGGAGGGUGGCGAAACAGUUCAGGCUCUGGCCUAUGAUGUCCCAGUCCCGGGUUACGGAACUCGCACAACGAACAAUCUCCGACUUUGGUCAAGCAAAGCAGCUAGUGGAGAAUUCGAUUUCCAGAAGUUUAACGCUGGUGACUACGAGAGUGCAGUGGCGGAUCAGCAGCGUGCUGAAACGAUUUCUGCGGUCCUCUAUCCAAACGAUAAUUUGGAUAGAGGAAAGGAGCUCAGGCUGAAGCAGCAAUACUUUUGGUGCGCUGCCUCAUUAUAUGAUAUUGUCCGCAGAUUCAAGAAGACCAAGCGUGCAUGGAAAGAAUUUCCAGAACAGAUCGCUAUUCAACUUAAUGACACCCAUCCAACCCUGGCAAUUGUUGAGCUACAGCGCAUUCUCAUUGAUCAGGAAGGCCUUGACUGGGAUGAAGCAUGGUAUAUUGUAACCAAUACAUUUGGAUAUACCAACCAUACUGUUUUACCGGAAGCUUUGGAGAAGUGGUCUGUUCCCUUGGUGUCACAUCUUCUCCCUCGACACUUGCAGAUCAUCUACGACAUCAACCUGUUCUUCCUGCAACAGGUGGAAAGGAAAUUCCCGAAUGACAGGGAUAUUCUCUCACGUGUCUCAAUAAUUGAAGAGUCGCACCCAAAGAUGAUCAGAAUGGCCUAUUUGGCUAUCAUUGGCUCGCACAAGGUCAAUGGUGUGGCGGAGUUGCACUCAGAUCUGAUUCAGACGACCAUCUUUAGCGACUUUGUCACAAUCUAUGGCCCAGACAAGUUCACGAACGUCACAAAUGGCAUCACCCCCCGCCGGUGGUUACACCAGGCCAACCCUCGCUUGUCCGAGUUGAUUGCAUCCAAGCUUGGAGGAUACCAAUUCCUGACAGAUUUGACCCUUCUGGAACAAAUUGAGCAAUUUGCCGAUGACAAGAAUUUCCAGCGUGAAUGGGCAGAAAUCAAGAAAUUCAACAAGCUGCGGCUUGCCAAACACAUCAAAGACACUACCGGGUACCAAGUGAACCCAGAAGCGCUAUUCGAUAUUCAAGUGAAGCGUAUCCAUGAGUAUAAGCGCCAGCAGCUCAACAUCUUUGGCGUCAUCCACCGAUACCUCACAAUCAAGUCCAUGACCCCCGAGGAAAAGAAAAAAACCCAGCCCCGAGUCUCUAUCUUUGGCGGUAAAGCCGCACCAGGCUACUGGAUGGCCAAAACAAUCAUUCACCUUAUCAACAAAGUAUCUUCUGUGGUAAACAAUGACCCGGACGUUGGAGACCUCCUCAAAGUGAUUUUCAUCGAAGAUUACAACGUCAGCAAGGCCGAGAUUAUUUGUCCGGCCUCCGAUAUCAGCGAACACAUCUCCACAGCGGGAACCGAAGCCAGCGGGACCAGUAAUAUGAAAUUCGUCCUCAAUGGUGGCUUAAUUAUCGGGACCUGUGAUGGUGCCAAUGUAGGUCCUCCUCUUUCGCCUCCCAAAUCCUAUAUAUACUAUCCAGUCGUGCUUGUUUGCUUGCUAAAUUCAAUUAUACAGAUCGAAAUCACCCGCGAAAUCAGCGAAAACAACAUCUUCCUUUUCGGAAAUCUCGCCGAAGACGUUGAAAAGAUCCGCCACAGCCACUACUACGGUGGCAGUUUUACCCUCGACCCAAAACUAGCCAAAGUGUUCGACGCUAUUCGCAGCGGUGUAUUCGGCGACGCCAACGAUUUCUCCGCGCUGGUCGCCUCGAUCACCGAUCAGGGCGACUACUACCUCGUCUCGGAUGAUUUCAACUCUUAUAUCGAAGCGCAGAAACUGGUCGAUGAAGCCUUCGCGAACCAGGAAGAGUGGGUUUCGAAGUCAAUUACGAGUGUUGCACGCAUGGGCUUCUUCUCGACUGAUCGAGUGAUUAAUGAGUAUGCAGAUAGUAUUUGGAAUGUCGAACCACUUCCGGUGGAGGAUUAG